AUGGCGUCGGAUUCAGACCUGGUCACUCAGCUGCUCCCUCUGGACGAACUCAUCCAGGUGGUCUACCAAGGGUCCUCGCGUUUCGUCGUACUGUCCAGCGUGGAAUCGGACUGGACGGUCCACGUCGGUCUGAGUGGCCCUGGCGGCCGGUGGUGGCGCGGUGCAUGGGGGAGCAAGGACAUCCGCGGUGCCGUUGGGCUGAAGGCAUCCUCGGAUGCAAUAGAGGCAUACGCGGGCCGCCUCGCAGACGCUUUCGCGAAAGGCGAGAUGUGCAUCGGGAACUGGAGCUCGCAGAAGGGCGCAGGAGUCAACCUCGUCCUCGGCACCACCACGGACGCCCCGGCGCAUGUCGCCCUGGCCGAGCUGCCCGCAGAGGAAGCGGCGGCAUUCGCGACAAAGGUCUUCACGGACAUUGCGAUCCAAGCACAAUCCAGGGGCAGCCGCCUGCACCCGUCGCCGUUCGCAGCCGUCAGCACUAUCGCCACCUUGCCCUCGAAGCCCUCAGGUUCUCGGGAUCCGCCUUCAAAACCAAGCACGAGUGAAGUUGAGCGCAAGGCAGAGGCAGAAAUCACGGCACUCCAAACGGAGUUGGCAAAGGCCAAGAGCGCGCCAUCGGGCGCUGAAACGCCCAGCAGCCGCACGACAGGGAAGAGAAGAGCUGAUGCUGAUGCUGACGGCGCCACAUCGCGAACAACGAAGACUUCCCGCCCGCUGACGAAAGCGCCGUCCAACGAUGCGUCCAAACUGCGUUCCAUCGCCAAGAGCGGCCGUGGCCCUGUCGCGGCGGCUGCUAGGGGUGCCUCGCUCGCGAACCCCACGAAGAAGGCACGCAAGUACCAGGCCCUCGAAUUCGGCAGCGACGACGACGAUUGA